AUGACAUCAAAUUCGUCGGAACUCGGAGCACGCGAAACCCGACAGCGUCGGACACAUACGAAAUCGCGCCGGGGUUGCCGAAACUGUAAGCUACGGAGAACCAAAUGUGAUGAAGGGCAACCACAGUGCACCAAAUGUUUGUCAUUUGGUGUUGUUUGCAAUUACAACCCGUCCCAUGGCGCAGACUUAGAGCCAAGUUGGCAGACUACACAGAGCAAAACUAAACAACUACCCUUCAGUCAAGUUUUUUUUAAGGCAAGACCCGAAAAUUUAACGAUAAGCCUGCCAGUGAGGGUUGGCGAUGGCCCUCGCUCGUUUACGAUGGACCCAGGUAGCCUGGCUCGUUUGGAUCGAUUCCAGAAAAGGACCGUCUUCACGUUUGGAGGCCAAUCGGCCUUGAAGGUGUAUCAAAUCGACGUUAUCAGGCUUGCAGUUAAGCAUCCUUUUUUAAUGCAUAUAAUCCUGGCCAUCACAGCAACCCAUGAUCGCUAUCUAUCUGUGACGCUGAAUAACAGCAAAAGGUCCCUUGCUGAGGCUUACCAUAGCGCUAGAGGUGCUACGCUUCUGGUUGAAAAGCUAUCUAACCCAAUCAUAUACGAAGAUCGGGAUGCCCUAUGGGCAUCUGCUGCCAUGCUAGGAAUCGCUAGUAUGACAUCUGUUGAAGCAUCCGAUCCAGCGGAAGCAUGGCCGAUGAAAAGUUUUGGCUCAUCGGAUCUUGACUGGUUAAAUAUGGCUGUGGGCAAAGAAGCAAUUUGGCGAGCAACGAAUCCGCUUCGACCAGACAGCAUCUUCCAUGGAAUGGCAGAUGACUUUCGUGCUCUCAUGCAUCGCCCACCUCUGAGGGGGCUAGAAGAAAUUCCAAGUGACUUUAUCCAUCUACUAUUGUUGGAUGGACCGGUCCCCUUGGAUAAGAAUCCAUAUUACACUGCUAUUUCUGUGCUGUCUGGCUUGUGGCAAGAUACUUGCACGCGAGAUUCGAUGCCAACGUACAUGGCAUUUCUCAACUACAUGGGCUCUUCCUUUCGCUCGUUGUUGCUGCUGAAAGAUCCGCGAGCACUUUUAAUAUUUGGCUAUUGGUAUGCUUGUAUGCAAGGUUCGCAAUGGUGGGUGCAUAACCGCGCACAAUUAGAGUGCCAAGCAAUAUGUCUCUACCUGGAGAAAUACCAUGCCAGUGAUAUCGAUAUCCAAAGGAUGCUAGUAUAUCCGAAGAUGCGAUGUGGUAUUGGAAGUUGA